CAACGAUGAAUUCAAAUGGUUCCGGGGUCACCUUCCGGCUAUUUUGCAUUCUGCCUUAUUAAAACAUUACAGCUGGUCAGCAUAACAUUAAGUCUCUAUUCAUAAACGUAAUCUUGCAUCCUAGCAUAAACUUUAACAUACAGCGUUAACACGAACAAAAUGUUGACGUUCGUAUUGAAGCUUCAAAUGAACUGUUAUCCUGUCGUGUGCUACAAUAAUUCGUCCAAAAGCGUUAUAAUAUAACAACAAUUUACCCAUAUAACCUGAAACAGCGACAGUCACAUAUUAUGCGUAAUACUGACGUUUUAGUAUGAAUAUGUACAUCUAAUCACCGUUCUUGAAUAAUAUUAAUGAAGUUCCGGUAUGUUUUGUGAGGAUGUCAGUUAUGUGUUAUUCAGGUUCCCGUUCGGCUGUCGGAGGUUUCGGUGGUCACUGAUCCCAGCCCCUAAUAAAACACACUAUGUGUUGGGCCACCCUCGCCUGUCGACUCCCCUAAAUGCGCUGCAAACGCCGAAAAGACUUAUCGGGUUUUUGCCGGAGCAGCCCAACAGAGAUCCGGAGAGUUGGCAGUGUUUUUGUAGGCAGUGUCCAGGGGGUGCGGCCUACCGAGACCGCGGAUCGGUGCGAGGAUUUACGGCCUUCAAAAACACCAUAAGUUUUUUAUUAUUAAACUUAUAUUUCCAAGAAUGACCAUGCGUGGAACCCGCUUAUGAAAAAGGGCUGUACCAAGGUGAUGAAAAGGAUCAAGCUCCUUUGCACGUUUGGCUGAUGCUCACAUCCAUGUCAGUUCGCUGCUAUAUCAAACCACAAAGUGUUCCUGAAAACAUUAUUACAUAUAAGUAGUUUUUUUCUUCAUUUGUCAUUCUCACGAGCUGUCAAAAUAAGUUCCUCUUUGCCUCCCCACCUUUCCCAUCGUGGGCAGUCCAACAAUCCCUUCCACUUAAAUUCACCUGGAAAGAGGUUGAACUACGGCACAAAGCUGAAUCCAUACAGCCGAGCCCGGAUGACGGAGGCAUGGCAGCAGCAUGCUGUUGCCCCGCCUCCAGUUGUGCACACCAUCCCACCAGGGGCGGACACACUGGGCUGCACCGUCUACGGCAUCGUUCUCCAGCCAGACACGGCAUUGCAACAACAACAACAACAGCAGCAACAAUCCCAGCAGCAGCAGCAACAACAACAGCAGCAUCACAAUCAGCAGCACAACCAGCAGCAGCAUGCGGCACAAGCGCAGCAACCCUCCUUGCAUGUCGGGAGCGAAGGAGGACACAAGUGUGGUGCGUGUGGCCAUGACAUCUCCCAUCUGGCUAAUCCUCAUGAGCACCAGUGCAUGGUGAGCCAAGACCGUUCAUUUCAGUGCACGCAGUGUCUGAAAAUCUUCCACCAAGCCACUGACCUGUUGGAGCACCAGUGUGUACAGGUGGAGCAGAAACCCUUUGUGUGCGGGGUGUGCAAGAUGGGCUUCUCCCUGUUAACUUCUCUAGCGCAACAUCACAAUGCCCAUAACAGCGGCAACCCAAUGAAGUGCUCCAUAUGUGAAAAAACAUAUCGGCCGGGUUCUGGAAAUGCCACACCAACUUCGUCAACGGCCACUCCAGGGCAACCAUCCACCGACGAAGCGUCAUCCAGUGGCAGCGCUGCCGUUGGGACAUCAGGCCAGCCUACUUUCGAGCCUUCGCAACCUGACAGGCCCUACAAGUGUUCGGUGUGCUCCAAGGGCUUCCGUCACUUAUCUGAGCUCACCCGUCAUGAACGAGUCCACACGGGCGAGAAGCCUUUUAAAUGUGAAACUUGUGACAAAAGCUUCAGCCAGUCCUCUCAUCUAGCCCACCACCAGCGUACCCACAGCUCCGAACGGCCGUUCAAGUGUGCGGUGUGUGAGAAGAGCUUCAAGCACCGAUCUCACCUAGUCCGUCACAUGUACGCCCACUCAGGUGAGCACCUGUUCAAGUGCAACCUUUGCGAGUUGCACUUCAAAGAGUCUUCCGAGCUCCUCCACCACCAGUGUCAGCCGCAAGGUGCUCGGCCGUUUCGCUGCGCCACUUGCGGGAAGGGCUUCAAGCGUCCGUCCGACUUGAGACAGCACGAACGCACCCACUCGGAGGAACGCCCAUUCCACUGUGAAGACUGCCAGAUGAGCUUUAAACAACAGUAUGCCCUGGUGCGCCACAGGCGAACGCACAAGCCCUCCGCCGACCGCCCCUUCAAAUGUAACCUGUGCGACAAGGGCUUCCUGCAGCCGUCCCACUUGUUGUACCACCAGCACGUUCAUGGCAUGGACAACCUUUUCAAAUGCGCCUCUUGUGGAAAGGGCUUUAGCCAGUCCGGGGAGCUGCUCCGUCACAAAUGUGGUGAGUCGACCUCGCCACCCACAAAUCCAGACAAGCCCUACAAGUGCGACGUUUGCGGAAAGGCCUACAAAAAGGCCACCACGCUACAGCGGCAUCAGAAUUCCCACUGCACCGAGAAGCCUCUCAAAUGCUCACUGUGUGACCGACGCUUCCUGUCCUCCUCAGAGUUCGUGCAGCACCGAUGCGACCCAUCCCGGGAGAAGCCCUUGAAGUGUCUGGACUGCGAGAAGCGUUUCAAAUACUCUUCGGAGAUGCAGCGACACAGGCGUGUCCAUACUGGCGAGAAGCCCUACAAGUGCGCCAGUUGCGACAAGGGCUUCAAGCAGCGUGAACACCUGGCCAAGCAUCAAAGCGUGCAUGCAAGAGAUGCCCAGUUUAAAUGUGUAUGGUGUGGAGAGCGAUUCACUGAUCUAGGAGCCCUUCAGGAGCAUACUGUCCAGCACACAGCUGAGGGUGGGGGGUACCCUGUGUCCUCUCUCAUUCAGUAAUUUGUGCCCCUGAUUACCAUUUGCAAAGGUAUUAUCAAUCACCGCAAACUACUCCAGUCAAAUGAAUUCUUACAAGGCCCAGUAACCUCAUAAUACCUCAUUUUCUUCUAAACACAUGCAUAUGGUCAACUAGUUGUUAUUCCCUUUUUGAUAUCAAGAGGCAUACUUUAAUUGGAUUUUAUUGGCAAAAAGUUAUCGAUCUCUAUCUAAAUCCUGGGAAGAGGCAGGGGGAGAUCUCCAAACUCUGUCCCAGAUAGCACUGUGAUCCUAGUCCCGUAGGUCGGUAUUUGCCCUGCAUGGUGGCUCCUUGACCCAACGUGGCUCACAAUGCCCCCAUCAGAUCUCUAGAGCACAAGACAAAAAAACAAUUCUGCAACUAAUUGUUCAGGCUUGAUUCUAUCAUAUUCUUUCAUUUUGGUCGUACCUAGAAUGGUUGAAAUACUGCUUACUGUGUGCCUCUAUGUUAACAGCUAUUCUGAUCACUAGCCUUGCCUCCAGUAUGAGUAUGUUUUACACACAUUUAGAGCAACUCUGGCAGCCUACUGUGCGCAUUUAGUUCACCCCAAAGCUAAUGACAAAACAAAAAGGGGGACAAAUUUGUGCUGUUGAAACUGUCUUGUCUAUGUCAGUGUUGACCUUCCCCUCAUUGUGGCAACUAAUGGUAUGUACCAAAAACCAUCACUGUACUGUACCAGAACUUAAACGGGGCAGAUCAUUAACCAGCAGAAGUAUAACGACCUCAGACGGUCUCUACAUUUCACUGAGAUUAUACAUAAAUAUAUAGAAUCUAUAUAGAAAUGUAAACCUCAAUCUUGUAUACAAACAGUUCAUAUUAACACAGGAAUCAGUACAGCUGUCCUGAAAAUUGCCUAAAAAAAAACCUGCAAAGGCUUCCUGUAUUACUGUAUGUACAUAGUAUGGAUGCAACUUGUUUACCAGUCCUGUCAUUAGAUAUUGCGUUGUCUUUUUUAAACUGCACCACAAUUUUAUAAGUAGCUUUUCAUGUGAAGGUCUGAUUCAUAUAUUCUUUAAGUUUUGUUUUCCGAUUUGCCUUUUAAAUUAAUUUCAGCCUCUUUGUAGAUGUAGUUUGGAUUGUUAUUGGUGUGUUCAGGGUUGUGUGAAAGUUGACUGUUUUUAUAAAGGUUUUUACCCCUUGUCCGGCCACCCACUCCACCAUACAGGACUCUUGUAGGCCUACUUGUACAGUACCCUAAGUGUCAUUCUUCCUCUGCUGUUUAGAUUUAUCCACGUGUCUGAUCUGCCAACACCGUGUCCUGCCUGCAGUCAUUUGCCUUUCGCAACAUGACGGCGAGUCAUUUAUUGUUAUUCUUUUAUAAAAACCAUAAGAUCAAAGACUUUCAAAAUGGAUUUUCAGUUCCCCCCAGAAUCAAGGAGGGAAAGUGAUUGUUUGGGCCUCUAAGGCCUUGACUUAAAUGCACGUCAUUCUGACGUUUUUGUUCGUGAAUGUCUGUGUUGCAUACUCAUCAAAUAAUAACCAGUAUGUUCUUUUGAAAAGGUUUUUUAAACUGACACUUACUACAAUCGUAGUAUAUACAUGUACAUGUUUUAGAGGGAACAGGUUGAUUUAUACUACUGCGUCAGACCUAAGGUGUAGCCUUUACGCUGUAGGCUAUGCAUCAGUUUUCAUUUAUACUUUUGCAUCGUUGUCUGCAUCGAUGUGCAGUACACGUCCACGGUCAUGUUGCUGGUGUAGCCCGCAGUACUGUGACAAAAGUCGAAGUAGAAGCAGCUCAUCGGAGAAGCAUAAUCGCUGUGACGUGGCAAAUUAAUUUUAAAUAAUUAUUUAAAACUACAAAAGGAGACAACAGUGGAACAGAACAAGAUUGCAUUAUUUCAGUCUCCACAAGGACUUGUAUCACGGCAGAUCAACAUUGUUUGUCACGGACAACUACUGAUGUAUAAUACUAUGUAGUAUAAUAAAUAAGACACUUGUUCUUUGCUUUGUUUUAUUUUACAUAAAAAGGCGUAACAUUAUUAUAUAUUAAAAUGCACCUAAACACACAAAACUCAAGUAUAUGAAGGGAGGGGUUCAAGCAGACCAAUCAUAGUGCUUGUUGUCCGCGUUGAAUUGACGUACUGUUAGAUUUUUGGAGAGGUGCACAUCAGGCUACGGCAUAAAAAAGUGCAUCUACGCGUUGGCUACAGCGUAGGUCUGAUGGAGUAGUAUAAAUCAGCCUUAAGUGGUACUCAUUCAAGAGUAAUCUUUGGAUUUUCAAUCACAUACUCUACUUUUUUAAUAUUAGAAGAAGCUACCACAUUUGUAUUGGUUUAUAAAUCUGAAUUUGAAUAGAACAAGCUGUCCAAGUUUUGAUUUGCAGAGGGGCUUUUUUUUUUACUGUAGGCAUUCAAUCAGUGAGCAGUUGGAUUUGGCAACUAUGUUGUGUUUUUUAUGUUUUCACGUUUAUUACUUUUUUAUUAAUAUUGUUUAAAAUCUCUAUAUAAAUAUCUAUAUACUUGGCAGACGUGUCAGGACCACAGGAGAACGUUAAGAUUGAUGACCUUCCUCUAUGGUUUUGAGACCCCUCCACCCCGUGCAUGCCUGCUGUGUUAGUUCCCGUAAUCUGUUCCAAGUAUCUGCACUUCCGAGUGCACAUAUUUCACCUUGAUUUUUUUUCAAAUUGUAGAUUGUGAAUGAGCUAGUAAGAAAACUUCAUGUGGCGGUUGAUGUGAUAUUCAUGCUUAAAUAUCUGUAUGUAGCAUUUAAUACACACAGCACUAACUAAUAAACCUUUUCAUAAUGC